AUGCACCUGCCCGGCUGCGCCCCCGCCAUGGCCGACGGCAGCUUCUCGCUUGCCGGCCACCUGCUCCGCAGCCCGGGAGGAAGCACCUCGCGGCUGCACAGCAUCGAGGCUAUCCUGGGAUUUACCAAGGACGACGCGAUCCUCGGUUCCUUCUCCGCGGAGCCGGGCGCCCGGGGCGCGAAGGAGCGGGAUAGAAGGCCGGGAGCGCGGGCCGCCUGCCCCAAGGCGCCCGGGGGAGGCGGCGAGCCCUCCCCGCAGCCUGCCCCGGCGCCUGCUCCGGAGUACGAAGCCCCUCGACCCUAUUGCCCCAAGGAGCCUGGGGAGGCACGGCCGAGCCCAGGGCUGCCGGUCGGUCCCGCCACCGGGGACGCGAAGCUGUCGGAGGAGGAGCCCAAGAAGAAGCACCGGCGGAACCGCACGACCUUCACCACAUACCAGCUGCAUGAGCUGGAACGCGCGUUCGAGAAGUCGCACUACCCCGACGUGUACAGCCGCGAGGAGCUGGCCGGCAAAGUCAACCUACCCGAAGUCCGGGUCCAGGUGUGGUUCCAGAACCGACGGGCCAAGUGGCGGCGGCAGGAGAAGCUCGAAGUGUCGUCCAUGAAGCUGCAAGACUCGCCCCUCCUCUCCUUCAGCCGCUCCCCGCCCUCCGCGGCUCUGGCGCCCCUCGGGGCGGGCCCGGGCGGCGGUGGCGGGCCGGCGGGGGGCGCCCUGCCGCUCGAGUCGUGGCUGGGGUCGCCGCUGCCGGGCGGGGGCGCCACGGCGCUGCAGAGCCUGCCGGGCUUCGGGCCGCCGACGCAGAGCCUGCCCUCCAGCUACACGCCGCCGCCGCCGCCGCCGCCCUUCCUGAACUCUCCGCCGCUGGGCCCGGGCCUGCAGCCCCUCGGGCCGCCGCCGUCUGCCUACCCCUGCGCGCCGGGCUUCGGGGACAAGUUCCCCCUGGACGAGGCGGACCCGCGCAACAGCAGCAUCGCGGCUCUGCGCCUGAAGGCCAAGGAGCACAUCCAGGCCAUCGGGAAGCCGUGGCAGGCCCUCUAG